UUUGUAUCAUUCUUAUUUUUGUUUUAGCAUAUCGAAGAACUGUAUAGAUUUUGAUGAAGAAGUGGUGAUAAACAAUAAGACUGUAAUGGUAACAUGUCGUGAUGCGAAAUAUUCGCGCUCAAUAGUGUACAGUAACGUCCACGUAGCAAUAACAAUUAGUAACAAACAAUACGUGAACAUGCAAAAAACUAAAGAAUCGUUUACAGCAAAUAACACAAAACCGAUCAGUUUGUUAAUAAUCGGCAUCGAUAGUAUUUCCCGCUUAAACUUUUAUAGAACGAUGCCUACAACGAAGAAGUUUCUAGAUGAAAAUGAUUGGAUCGAGUAUAUAGGUUAUAACAAAAUGGGUGAGAAUACAUUUCCGAAUCUAAUGGCGAUGUUGACGGGGAAAUGUCCUGAUUAUGCGUAUAAACAAUGUGAUCCCACGAUACGUGGUAAAUUGGAAACGUGUCCUUUUAUUUGGAAAGAUUUUAAAAAUCUCGGAUACGUAACGGCGUAUGGGGAAGAUGAGGAUGCGAUAUCUACGUUUAAUUAUAAGAAAAAAGGGUUUGUCAAGAACCCGACCGAUUUUUAUUUCAAAACUUAUAUGCACGGCGCUGCGAAAUUAACGACAAAAAUCGUUGAUGAUAUGCAUUAUUGUACUGGUCCGGAACAAAGCGGAGAGCGAAUUUUAAAUCUAGCAAAAGAUUUUUCAAAAACUUUUUAUGGGCAUCCGAUGUUCGGUUUAUUUUGGAUGAAUAGUUUUAGUCAUAACAGCGUUAAUUCACCCACUCGCCUUGAUAAAAAAGUUGCGUCUUUCUUCAAAGACCUCAAAAACGAUGGAAUUUUAAACGAGGUGAUGAUUAUUUUUGUCAGCGAUCACGGAAUGCGAUUCGGUAAAGUUCGACAAACUACAAGCGGUUGGAUAGAAGAGAGAUUGCCUUAUUUAUACUUCUGGGUACCACCUUGGUUGAGACAAACACGUCCAAAAGAAUACAAUAAUCUUCGAAAUAACGCGAAGCGUUUAACUAGUCCAUACGAUAUGUAUAUGACAAUACAAGAUAUAUUGGUGCUUUCUAAUUUUACUUAUGCUCCUAUACAAAGCGACAGUUGCCCUAUGUGCCAAUCACUUUUUAAAGAAAUUCCAGAGCCUCGAUCUUGCGAAGAAACUGGAAUAAGCACACAUUGGUGCACUUGUAAUGGUUAUGUGCCAAUAAAAACAGACAACAAAUUAGUUGGUCAAUCUGCUAACAUUACCCUACAAUGGAUUCAAUCCAAAAUACAAGAAUUAGUUCCCGGCACAAAUAAAUGCGCAAGUUAUACAUUAGCAAAAAUUAUGAGUGCUAGUUUAUCUGCCGAUUCUAUUAAUACAAAUGAUAACACCACAAGCACGCACAUAUUGUUGAUGUUUGAAACAAAACCUAAAGCUAUUUUCGAAUCAACAGUUACUCUAACAAAAAGUAAUGUUAUUGAUGAUAAUACUAGUAGUAGACAAACCUUUAAGGUAUUAUACGUCAGCAGAUUGGAUGAAUAUAAACCACACAGUGGUUGUAUAGAAGAUGCAAGGGCCAAAAAUUAUUGUUAUUGCAAAAAGCAUUAGAUAAUUAUCGAUAGUUUUUAAUUAAAUGACACAAAUGAACGAAUGCUGAAUAAAUCGUCGAUUUCUUUUUGCUUCGUUUGGAUGUCCCAAAUAAAGUAUGUGGUAAGUAUAGAAAUAUCAUAUAAUAUGAUAAAAUUUACAUAUUAAGUAUAGAACGCCAUUUAUUAGUUUUAAAAAGUUUUUAAUGAAGGUUUUCAUUAAAUCUUUCAAUUUUACAUUAAUGUUCAGUAAAAUGUGGGCAGUGAUAGCCCCACAAUGUAAGUUCUGGUCGAAACAAACUCCAAGUUUGCAAAUAAUAAUCAACAGCGAUAUUUGUUGUCCAACUGUAGAAAUCAGGUUGUUGCAUGACAAUGCAAGACCGCACACCGAAGGCUUCAGAAACACAAUUGGGAACUUCUUGUCCGUUGAACUUCAUUUGUAAAAAAUUUGAAAACGACAAUGAGCUUCAAGAUGAAGAAAGGCAGUUUUUAAGAACUUCGAUCGCACCUUUUACGAAUACGGUAAUUGGAGGCAGAGACAAUAACAAAUAGUAUUCAAUAACAAAGAACAAUAGAUUAUAAUAGAGUUAAAAGACCACAAGAUUGGUGUCUGCGUACUACAAGAAACCAAAAAAAAAGGGGAGCUAGACAAAGAAUGUAUGAAGAUUACAUAAUAAUAUAUAGUGAAGUGAAUAAAGACACUAAAUAACCAGUCAGAUAAAUUAAGAACAAACACUGGGAAAUCUUCUCUAAAAGAAUGCAAAAUGACUUCUACAUGUUACAGAAGCAAAUUUGGCAAUUAAUUAAAAGUCAAAGAAUGAAUGAAGAACGAAGGAGUAAAUGAAUUCGUUAGCAAUAGGCACACAGAAAAAGAUCUUCACCGCCAUUAUUUAUGGCACUAUAGCCCAGUGCAAGUCCUGGUUUCCCAAACUUUCCUCCUCCGACCUGAAUAAAAAAAGUGAAUAUGUUCGGAUAUGAGAAGUUGUGUAUAUUUUUUUUUGAAAUGUUUAAUUUAGACAACGAUCAAUCAUGUUAUUCUAGUUUACUUUGAUUGGACGCUUUUUCGUUUUAAUGGCAAAUAGGCUCGACUUCCAGAGAUUGUUAUAUCCUCUAUUGCCUUUUUUGUGUUAUUUCAUUCUUAUGGAUGUUUUCAGCACUGUUCUGGCCAAUAUGGUCCUAUAAAGUAAUAAAAGAACAUCCAAUCAUAUCCCUCAUAGAAUACCUACAUGUCUUUCGGUUGAAAGUCAUAUUGUUAUUAAAUAUAAAAAACACUUCAGCGAUAUAUGUACGUAUGCAUACAUAUAUUGGAUAUUGAACAGUUGUCAUUCCAAUUAAAUUAGAAUAUAUGAAUGGGUGAGCAGAAGACAGAUAAGAGUUUACAGUGGAA